CUGUAAAGCGACUCUGGUGAAGCCGCCACUGCUAAUGAACUCAGCGGUCCGAGUGAUUUCAUAAUUCGAUUCCAAGUCUAUGGUCGAAGAAAGAAAUCAGCAAACUAAUCACACAAAAGUUCCCUGCAACUCUCUCUCUCUCUCUCUACACUGCUUCAGAAUCAAUGUCGUAUGUGUUAUGGUCCACCAUUUGGACGCCUGAAAUUAAGCAUAAAACCUCCUUCCACAGCUUCAAGAUCGUCCUUCGAAUCCAACAUCAGAAAGCACUAUGAGAAGAAAGAAAGAAAGAGGGAAAUUGGAUAUGAAAUGCGAAAUGGUUCCAGUUAUAUUUAAAAAGGUAAGCUUGGCUGUAAUUUACCAUCAAUGGCUGCUUUCUUUUUCUGCUUGAGCAAACCUUCAAGAGUUUCGAACCCAGAGAGACCCUUCACUCGGUUUCGAAGAAAACCAGUCCCUCUUGUUGUUCUCUCUAAGCUUCAACCACAUAGCCAACCCAUAACCCAGUACCAGACACAUACCCAGACCCAUAAUCAGAAGCUCAUAAUCACCGGUCCUUGCAGGCUCUCUGGCCAUGUUCCUAUCAGUGGCUCUAAGAACGCUGCAUUGCCUAUUCUCGCAGCGACCCUUUGUUGCUCUGGCACUUCGAAGAUCAGCAAUGUCCCUGAUUUGUCAGACACCAGGACAAUGGUUUCGAUUUUGGGCGAAAUGGGUGCUGAAAUCGAAGUCUAUGGCAACGAAAUCUUGAUAAACACCGAUGGGGUUAGAUCGGUUGAGCCUGAUUCGGAUGAGAUUGGGAAGUUCAGAGGUGGGUUUUUCAUGAUUGGGCCAUUGCUUGCGAGGUUCGGUGAGGCAGUGAUGGCAUUGCCUGGUGGGUGUGACAUUGGGGCUCGCCCGGUGGAUGUGUAUAUCCAAGGUCUUCGUGCUCUUGGCGCUGUUGUGGAGCUCAGGGAUGGGAAAGUGCAAGCAUAUGCUGCAGAUGGCAGAGGAUUAGUAGGGGGGAGUUUCCAACUUCAUUAUCCUAGUGUUGGUGCUACUGAAACUCUUACGAUGGCAGCUUGUCUGGCUGAUGGAGUUACUGUCCUUUCAAACGUUGCAAAAGAACCGGAGGUGAUUUGUCUGGCUAAAUUUUUGAAUGAUUGUGGAGCUUGUAUAGAAGGAGCAGGAAGUGACAAGCUAGUUAUAAAGGGAAAGUCUUGGCUGCAUGGUUCUAGAUAUACUAUUGCUCCUGAUCGUAUCGAAGCAGGAACUUUUAUGCUCGCUGCAGCUAUCACUCGCUCAUGCAUUUCAAUGUCACCUGUCAUUCCUUCCCACAUGUCAUGUUUACUGGACAAACUUAAGGCUGCUGGUUGCAAAAUCAGACAGUGGACUCAUGACACCUUGGAAAUUUCAGCAAUCUCUGCUGAUGUUGGCGAAAAUUUGAAGGGAUUCAACAUCAAGACAGGCCCAUUUCCAGGGUUUCCUACAGAUCUCCAACCUCAAACAACGGUUCUGCUCACCACAUGCAAUGGUUUGAGUACUGUGGAGGAAUCUGUGUUUGAGAAACGUAUGAGUCAUGUAAAUGAGCUGCAAAAGCUUGGAGCAAAAAUUCAGGUAUGUGGGAGCACAGCCCUCGUUUCUGGGAACGAUAAAGGAAGUGCCUUGUCCGGUUCUUGUGCUGUUGCUAGAGAUUUGAGAGGUGGGAUGUCUCUGGUAUUAGCUGGACUGGCUGCAAAAGGUACUACAGAGAUUGAUGGACUAGCUAAUAUCGACCGUGGUUAUGAGAAUUUAGAUAUGAAGCUUCGGUUUCUGGGAGCUGAUCUUAAAAGAUUGGCUCCUCAUCUUGCUUUUCCGGUUUAGCAAUUAAUUUACCUGCCCAUUCAUUAUUUGAAAAAUGGAAUUUACAGUAAAUUAUUAUUUGCUCUGAUUUUAUCACAAACUUUGAGGUGUAUCCUUUUUUUUUUUUUUUUUUUUGGGUGAAUAGGUUUAUCCUUAGCUUUUACUAAUGGCCAAGCGUAUGUAUUUGAAAGAGUCCAAUUUGGACUUCGCUAUUGGCUUGUAAUACAAAGAAAAAUAAAAGAAAGAUUUUUUUUUAUUUUUCUAAGUUUGAAAGGA